CUUUUUCAAAAAUUUUCAAUUUUCUCGAAUUUUUUAUAAUUAUUAUUCAAUCGAAAAAUGUCUGAUUUCGACCCUCCUCCCAUAUUUACGGAUAUCAAGGAUGAAUUGGAAAAAUACUUACUUUGUCCAGAAAACCUUCCCAUUCAUCAUUAUGAGAAAAAUCAGCAGUUUUGGCCUAGAGAACCUGAACCAUUGGAACUACUACAUUUUGAGGGAUCCCCAUCUUCUACUACACUCAGGGUUCAAAGAGAUCUGGACACAGGCAAAAUAAUAGAAUUCCGAGAGGUUCCUGUCGAUUCUGUAGGAGCUGACGCUAGAAACUCAAUGUCAUUUACCCGAGCCCCUGUUCCUCCCUCUGAUUCAGUUAGAGGCAGCUCUUCAUACAUACCAUUUCAACCUGGUAGUUUCCCGGAACCCGUUUUGGAUUUGCCCAAGAGAAAUUUGUUAUUAGACAAGUCUGAACUACUAACAAUCCCUCCUGGUUUUAGUAGGGGUUUGACUUUUGCUGAGGAUGGGCGGACUUUAAUAAGGGACGAUGAAGCUUCUCAAACUAAGCCUUCAAUGGAAAUGUCUCAAAACACUAUCAACUUAUUGGAGCUAAUUCAUCAAGAACAAGAUUUUCUAAGCGAAUGGGACACUGAAAAACAGGAAAUCGCCUUAGAACAAUCUCAAUCUGAAACUCAAUUAUUAUUACCAGAAGAAGAAGAGGUGCUUCCAAAAGAACCUCGUAUAUUGAAUCUCUCCUCAGCGCCUCCACCAAAUCCUUUCCAAGGUAGCGAUUGGGCGGUAUUGCUGGAUCCCAAUCAGCCUGUAGUAGAUUUCGAAAAAAAAAUUCCCAAUAUGGCUAAGAAGUUUCCAUUUGAACUUGACAACUUUCAAAAAUUGGCCAUAUUGCAAUUGGAACAGCAUAAUCAUGUUUUUGUGGCUGCUCAUACAUCUGCAGGUAAAACUGUGGUAGCAGAGUAUGCUAUAGCGCUAUCCCAAAACCAUAUGACUAGAACGAUUUACACGUCACCAAUUAAAGCAUUAUCGAAUCAGAAAUAUAGGGAUUUUAAAGAAGAAUUCGAUGAUGUAGGUUUGAUCACUGGCGAUUUUCAAAUAAACCAAAAAGCAUCCUGUUUAAUUAUGACAACGGAAAUAUUGAGGUCUAUGCUUUAUUGUGGCAGUGACAUCACUAGGGAUAUUGAAUAUGUAAUUUUUGAUGAGGUUCAUUAUAUUAAUGACAGAGAUAGAGGUCAUGUAUGGGAACAAGUACUUAUAAUGCUUCCUAAGGAAGUCUGUGUGGUUUUAUUGAGCGCCACAGUUCCAAAUACUAUAGAGUUCGCUGAUUGGUUGGGAAGCACUCAUAAAAGAAAAGUAUAUGUAAUUACAACUACAAAGAGGCCAGUACCUUUGGAACACUAUUUGUAUACUGGUAGAUGGGGUGGUAGUAGAAACAACAAAUUUUUGAUUAUGGAUUCGGAUAAAUGGCGUAACGAAGGGUAUAUCAAAUCUAAAACAGCUUUAGAACCUCUCAAAGACCAAAAUAUCCGUUUCCUAAACAAACAACAAGAAAAAACCCUGUGGACAAGUCUCGUGGAUCAUUUGCGUAAAUUCGAACUUCUACCAGUGGUAGCGUUUAUAUUUUCCAGACAAAAAUGCGACACUAACUCACAAAUAUUGUCCAACUUAGAUUUGACGACUCAAAAAGAAAAAUCCCAAAUCGAACAAUUUUUUAAAAAAUGCAUUAGAUCGCUGAAGGAACCCGACAGAGAAAUUCCACAAAUUGUUAAAAUGAAGGAUAUUCUGAGCCGCGGUAUUGGGGUGCAUCAUAGCGGCGUUUUACCUAUAGUCAAGGAAAUUGUGGAAAUGUUGUUUCAGAAGGGACUUAUAAAGGUAUUAUUCGCUACAGAAACUUUUGCUAUGGGUGUUAAUAUGCCUACAAGGACUGUCAUAUUUGACUCUGUCAAGAAACACGACGGUUUGGAGUUGAGGAAUCUUUUACCCGCAGAAUAUAUUCAAAUGGCUGGUCGAGCUGGAAGGAGAGGCAAAGACGAAAAAGGUACUGUACUGAUACUUUGCAAAUUAUACGUCCCACCAGAAACAGAAUUAAAGGAGAUGAUGACUGGCAAACCCAACAAAUUAGUCAGUCAAUUCAGACUAACAUACGGAAUGGUACUCAGUCUUUUGAGAGUAGAAAGCCUCACAGUAGAACUGAUGAUGUCAAAAAGUUUUGGUGAAGCCGACUACCAGAAAAAAGUAGUGGAUUUAAGACUAGAAUUACAGCAAGCUGAAGAACAACUGGCAAAUCUUUAUAAGCAACAGUUAAGCAGUUACUUGCAACCUCUGGUUAAAUUUUUCAAUUGCGCUAGUGCGUAUUUAGCUACCAGAGAUCAGCUAAUGCCUCAACUAAUAAAUUAUUCAAAAGUUCAAAAACUUCUAACACCUGGCGCUGUUGUGGUGAUUACUCAUAAAAGACACACAAACAAAUUAGCAUUGAUUUUAUCCAAAAAACCUGCAGGAUACCGCGUCUUAGUGCUUUCACACCAGAACACAAACAAAGAUAGCAAAGAAAAAGAGCCUCUUUGGUAUCAAAUGUUGGCUUUAGCUCAAGACAAACUCUUCAUGCCCCUGGACAAUCCAAGCCACGAAGUUAUAACAAUAUCAGGAACGGAUAUUUACGAAAUUUCUUCCAAAACCAUAAAACUGGACGUGAAACUAGUAGAAUCCGAUUGGGAAAAGAGGCAACAGGAAAGAUUCAAAUACGAUCCUCCAGGCCAAACUUGCGCCCAGGCGGUGCAAGAAUUGCAAAAAUUGACGAUGAUGGCCAACGAAAAUAAAAGCAAAUUGGAAUUUCAACAUUUUAUUAUAGAUUUGAAAGUCAACGAGCAACAUGUGUAUUACGAUUUACAAAAAAUGUACGAUUUGAAGGAUAAAUUGAUUGAUCACUUGCCCAGCACUCAAAUACCGAAUUUUGAAGAACAGUUUGCCACAGUUUUUGAACGAAAAUUCCUAGAACAAAAAAAGAACGACUUGGAAUUCAAACUAUCGAAUGCCAGUUUAACUCUAUAUCCAGACUACCAAAACAGAAUCGAACUUUUACGCAAACUCGGAUACGUAGACGCCGAAAAUACUGUAAAACUGAAAGGCAACGUUGCCUGUUCCAUGGGCAUGAACGAACUGCUUAUUACAGAACUAGUGGUGGACGAUAUUUUUAUUGAUUUACAAGCCGCUGAGGUGGCAGCGCUGUUAUCUUCAUUGGUGUUUAGAAUGAAAUUGCGCGGAGAAGAACUUGAAUUUGAGGAGGAAUUAACUCCCAGAUUGAAAAGGGGUAUAAAAGAAAUAAAAAAAGUCCACCAAAAAAUCGCCAACAUGGAAUUAGAACUGUGCAUCCAAACUGAUGAAUUUCAACAGGAUCUCAACUUUGGAUUAGUCCACGUGGUCUAUAGAUGGGCUAACGCCGAACCUUUCGCCGAAUUAAUGAAACUGACGGACAUCCAAGAAGGCAUAAUAGUGAGGUGCAUUCAGCAAUUGAACGAAACGAUAAUGGACGUACGCGAUGCGGCAAAAAUCAUUGGAAAUCCAACCUUAAGGACGAAAAUGGAGGAAGCUUCGGCUGCUAUUAAACGCGAUAUAGUUUUCGCUGAGAGUUUGUAUACGCAGGACGAGAAGUUUUGAGGCAUUAUGCUGUGAUAAUAAUAAUAGACUAGAAAAUUUUGUAAAAUUAAUUUUACAUUACAUGUUUGAACUGAAU